CUUCGGCUGGUGCUGAACCACCAACAAACGAGCCCGCCUCCCUUCUCUUCUCCACCGCCUUGCCCCAGGCGUACGUCUCGUUCGCUGCGAGCUCGUGACGGCAGACUCCUCUCGCGCCCGCCCCCGUCCGUGGAUCCCGUCCAUCCAGAGAUCUGCUCAGCUCUCCGUCGUCCACGCAAACUCCUCCACCGCAGAGAAAGGAGACUUUGAUUCUUCGCCCCGACCCAUGCUCCUGUCCGGGAUACCACACGACGCACCCUUGGCCUGCCUCACCACCAAACGCCAGCCAUUCUCCACCUGCUUGCGAACGUUCGACUCUUCCGCUUCUUCUGCUUCUGCUUCUGCUUCUUCCUUCCUCCUCUUCGUCUUCGUCCUCACACGCCUCCAGGCUGAUCGCGGCUUCCACCUCUAGGCCCUCGCCUUCUUCCUGUCUCAGUCGUGCCUUCUUCCAGCGCUUACGACCCCACGGUCGCUGUUGCCCGUUAAUUGUAAUCCUCCCGCCCGCGUCUAUUUGUGUCGUCGCCCGCCGUCCACUCCUUGACCACUGUUAAGCGCCCGACAGCAAGCAGGAUCUUGCUCAUCGCGUUGCCCUCAAAUAUCACACUCCAAUCGACGAGCCACCGAGGGCCUACAGAGUGGACGAUUUCUCCAGCUUCCCGUCCCAGCCGUCGCCGAAGAAGGUAGAGAUCACUGUUCCUACCAUUCAGCUCAUCUCGCCGACUCCGCGCCGCCCGCCGAUCUACACGAGCGAUAGUCGCCACCGCCGCAAGGCCAGUCUCGACAGGCUUCCUCGUGGACUCCACCAGCGCAUGAGCAUGCAAACACCUCCGUCGCCAAGAACGAUCGCGCCGCCAAUGCCUUCUUUUAUGACUGUCUUUGACGAAGAGGCCACACGAAGGGAAUUGGAAGAGCUGCAGGGUCAACAUGCAUCUGAGGUGCAGAAGCCGUUCCCUAGCAACAACACAGCAACGACCAGCGAAACAAGCCUCGCUCAUAUGAACCCGCAUUUUACAAGUUUUCACAAGCAGCGUGACAGCGUCUCCACAUCCGCCUCCGAAUCGUCCGAGUCGUCACCCACAACCACGGUCUCGACGUUGGACUCCUCGUCCAUGACUGAGCCAUCUCCCGGUCCGUCACCGGAGACUCCUGCAGGCGCUAGCUUGCCCAUGACAUACGCAUUGGCGGAACCCAAGUUUCAGCCUCCCAUGCGCUCGCAAAUGGAGCCCACAAAUCAACACUUCUUCGAGAUGCAAAGGCCCACAACACCUGCGAAGAAAGCCAGGAACCUCAAAAAUCUUGCCGUAAAUACCACCUCUGCAUACAACCUUGGACGCUCCAUUCUGUCGGCACCCUUUGUGUCCGCAUCAGCACAGAAGCCGAUCGAGCGCACGUCCGCUCCAAAUUCUCCCGUCUUUGUGAAGCCGCCGACUCCUCCGCGCAGAAAGCUCGGGGGUGGCCUUAAUCUCACCAUAAAGACCCCCGCCAGCAACAACAUUGGCGUGGGCGGUGUCGUCCCACCAACUCCCUCCAUAGCAAAGCCGAAUACGUUGCGGCAUUUCCAGUCUUCCCCGUCUUUGCCACUUCUGACCUCGAGCCACGGACCCUUGGGUGGUAUGACCCUGCCGCAGCUGAGAACGAAGCCAGCUCCUCGAGGUUUUGCGGAUAUUCCUAUCGAAGACGAAGAGGAGGAUGCGGAGCAGAACUUUGACGUACCACAGUCGCAGGAAGAGAAGCCAGAGAGCUACCCCAAUGGGCCGAUCCGCAUCUAUGAAGAUGGUAUCGAUCUAUACUAUGAGCCCAGCGUAGAGGUGGCCUCAAGAUACGACGUGAUUUUCAACGUAGCUAGCGAGGUUAAGAACCCCUUUACAGUGGCCGCAGAAGCGACGCAAUCAUCAGCUGUUGCGGAGCCUGCUCAACACAUGGGCGGUUCAAUAGACGGUUCGGAAAGUGCGAGCUCGCCGGACACACCCAAAGCGAAUCCCUUACCGUCGCAACUGCCGGCACCACCUUUGCCUACAAAAAUGCCCGAGUAUAUUCACAUUCCAUGGGAGCACAAUACCGACCUAGUUCCUGAUCUUCACCGUCUGGUAAAGGUGAUUGAUGAGAAGGUGAAGCAAGGCAAGCGGGUACUUGUGCAUUGCCAAUGCGGCGUCUCAAGAUCGGCGACGCUGAUCGUAGCCUAUGGUAUUUACAAGAACCCGGGAAUCACCGUGCAGGAGGCUUACGACGCGGUGAAGAAAAGAAGCAAGUGGAUUGGACCGAAUAUGAACCUAAUCAUGCAGCUUCAGGAGUUCAGAUCCGGCUUGCUUCGAAAUUCACGGGCUAACCAACUUUUUAACAUGCCGCGCAAGCUCUCGUCGACGCUCUCGUCAACAUCGACCACUGACUCAUUCAACGAGAGCUCGAAAUCGAUGUCUGGUCCAACCACACCUCGAACUGCUCCACUACCUCCAGAGAAAGAUGAGGGAGCACACAGUCGUGCACGAACAGCCAGUAUGGGGCCCAUGUCGGCUGCCCCGCUUGAACCCAAUCAAUGUUCUUUUUGGAACACUGCGUUCAGACGUUCAUGGGGCGAAGGUCAUACCACAAGUGAUAUCGAUAUGAAGCGUGUCUCCGUCGUCUCAGAUACACCCUACGUGGACCCCAAGGGACACAUUGUACCGAUGGUGCAUGUUAUCGAACAGGAUGACGAAUCUCAUGGCAUAGAACAAGAAAAACAGGCUCCGACGCAUAUUGACCCCAAUCUCGCAGCGAGCACAAAAUCGCAGAAAAGGAAGACCCCCAACUUCUCGCGGCAACUGCCACUACGGCAGGAUAGAGACGGUGACAGCACUAUGGUUGACGCGCCGGCCCCCCCACCGUUGCUGAAUGUGACGAGCCCUCGAAGCGAAGAGUUUGGGAUGAUUGGCCUACCGAAAAGAAGCGACAUACAACAUCACGAUUCGUUUGGCCUGUUCUCGCCGAUGAGAACCGAGUUCCCUGACGUUCCUGCCGCAGUGUUGUCGCAGACAGCACCAACCACUGUUCAGCCAUUCCCGUCGCUGGCGGACGCGCCUGCUGCAUCCGCACAAACAAAGCCAUCCGUCACAACAGAAAACACGGGCUUUAGCGGCUUUUCAUUCUUCGAACGACAACGCACGCCGACCGAACCUUUCUCCAUAAUGUCGCCCACAUCUUCUAGCUUCCCUCGGGACUUUCCUCUUCGGAGUGAGAACUCAACGCAGACUACGGAUUCUUCACGACUCACUCCGCGUAAGAAUCCGCCCCGGGCGCUGAACACUAAAUUCAGCUCACCUAAUUUGCAUGAGAGACGCCGACUGCAGAAGUUGCAGAAUGAGCUCGAUCCAAAGAAACACAUGGAUGAUCUCGACGCACUGAUGUCCCCACGCGCCACACAGUUCACCUCGAACCCGUUUCAUGAGCUUUUAACUGUCAAAACUGGAGACACCCCUGUCGAAGCAUUGGAGAAAGCUCCUGUCACACCGACACCAUCUGAUUCGGAUCCGCGGAGUCCUGCACAGCUCGGUAUCAGCCCGAUCACACGCAAUAUAUUUGACGUGCUCUGAGAUCAGCGAAACCGGAAUUAUUCUGACUUUGCACGUGACACGGAUGUUACGACGUCAAAGAUUGCGAAGGCUCGCGAAUGCCACGCGUCUCAACUAUUUUUUAUUUUUUUUUUUGAAAAAAAAAGCUGCGUACCUAUUUCGGUGGCGCUCUUGAGACAGCUUAGCACUGCAGUAGAAUCCACUUGCAAGGGGGGACAUGAUGCUUACUCCUUGCAACGCGCAUCACGCGCAGAGUAUCCGUUUGACGGGCCAGAAACUGAGAUGCUGUUGAAAAGAAUACAUAAGCGAAUGCUUAAAAUAUCCUCGGUAGAGUCGCAAUUUGCUUCAGACCAUGGAGUCUGACCAGAACGGGUCAAUUCGCCAUGCCACAACAAUUGCCAAAGAGUCAAGCACCCAUUAUUUCUGAGCGAUUCUUAGCAAUUCCGGCGCUACGACAACUUUCAACGCCUGUUUCUUUUGUCCGCUAGAACUACCUUUCUUCAUGCGUGUAUCGAUGGUUGCUGCUAUAUCAUUGUUUAAAAGACUUUUUUUUCUGGCGCUGGCGUUUGCAUCUGGGCACAGGUUGGAGUUUGGUAAUUCUUUCAUAAUGAGAGAACCAACUUAGUGUCUAGUCGUUACACAAUGUACCACUCUGAAGUAAAGAGUGAGUUUUGUAUUCUUUAAGAGAUACUUUGGAGCAUACUGGGACUGGUUUUGGGGACGAGACUAUGAAAUAUGAGCAAAAUAGCUCGAAACAGCGUACGCGCUGCGACUCUGUAUAACCAGAAAUACAAGAUGUU